UAUACAGGAAAAGCCCUGCGAACUUUUGAAUUGCAUUUCCUGUUUGGCCAGCGUUGAGCUCUCAUCAGCACAGGUGACCACGCAGAGCUCAUCAGCACAGGUAACAAUGCAGUCUCCUGAGAAUCGAAAAAGAGCUCCAGCAUGGACCGCACGGGAAGUACUGGAUCUGAUUGCUAUAUGGGGAGAGGAUUCAGUGUUCACAGAACUCCGUUCCAAAAGAUGAAAUGAAAAAAUAUUUGAAAAAAUUUCCAAGGCUAUGAUGGGAAAAGGCCACACCAGGGGCUCAGUGCAGUGCAGAGUGAAAGUUAAGGAGCUCAGACAAGCCUACCAGAAAACCAAAGCAGCAAAGGGAAGAUCAGGGUUAGGGCCAAAAACAUGUCGCUUCUACGCUGAGCUGCAUGCAAUUUUAGGGGGCUGUGCCACCACUACCCCCCCCUUGUCCGUGGAUUCCGAGGUGGGGGUUAUAAUCUCAACCAUGGAUGAGGAUUCAGCAGAAGGGGAAGAUGAGGAGGAGGAAGAGGAGGAUGAGCUUGCAGAGAGCACACAGCACUCCGUUCUCCCCAACAGCCAGGAGCUUUUUGUGACCCAGACGGAAUUACCCUCCCAGCCCUCCCAAGCCACUAGCCCAGACAGUGAAGCCAUGGAAGCGAUCUCUGCUGCACAUUUUUCAAGCCUCCCUACUCCAUCCCGAAGGCUAGCUCAGAUAAGGUGGAGGAAGAAGAGGACGCGAGAUGAAAUGUUCUCAGAAAUCAUGGAAGUAACCCGCAAUGAAAGAGCUCAUCUGAGGGAGUGGAAGGACAUGGUAGCAAAGUACAGGAAAGAUGCCAGUGAACAUGAGGACAGGAGGGACCAACGUGAGGACAGGAGGGACGCUCGAGGUGAGAGGUGUAGGCAGGAAGAUCAGCGGUGGCGGGAUGCAACGCUGGAGCUGCUGCGUGAUCAAACUGACAUCCUCCGACGUCUGGUGGAUCUUCAGGAGGAGCAGCGGGGUCACAGAGAGCCGCUGCAGCCCAUGUUUAACCACCCUCAGUACUCACCAUGUUCCAUGUCUUCCUCACCCAGACAUGUAAGAACACGUGGGGGAAGGCUUUGUGCACCAGCCCACUCCCCCCCCGGUGGACAGUCCAACCAAAAGGCUGUCAUUACAUUGAAAUGUGCUUAAUGGCCUUUUCCUUCCCUCCUAUCCUCCUCCCAAACCACUCCCGGGGUACCUUGUUAAUUAACUUCCUCUUUUUAUAAUUACAUGCUUUUUAAACGAAGGGGGAGGGUGGGUUGCUUACAGGGAAUGACUUUUAAUAAAGAAUACAUGCUUUUUAAAUGAUAGUGACUUUAUUUCCUUAAGCAAGCUGUAAUCGAAGGGGGAGGGUGGGUUGCUUACAGGAGGAGUCAAUAAGGGGGGGAGGUUCAUGAAGGGGAAACAAACACAGCAGUCACACCGUACCCUGGCCUGUGAUGAAACUCGUUUUCAAGGCUUCUCUGAUGCGCAACACUUCCUGGUGAGCUCUUCUAAUCGCCCUGGUGUCUGGCUGCGCGUAAUCAGCGGCCAGGUGAUUUGCCUCAGCCUCCCACCCCGACAUAAAGGUCUCCCCCUUACUCUCACAGAGAUUGUGGAGCACACAGCAAGCAGGAAU